AUGGUUUCCAUCAAAGGCGAGAAGCGACCGUCUCCUUUCAGUGUCGAAAGUAUCCUUGAAAGGAAAGAAGAGACUUUUAAACCUUCUCCAAUGACGCCAACGCCACAUCUUGGCGUCACAGCUGUUGUUCCAUUAACACCAUAUCCUGCAAAGUUUUCGCAUCCAUUCGAGCCAGCAAUGCUUUUCUUCGGACAACCUAAGUUGUCUACAUCAAUUUCUGACAAUUCACCUGAACCGCUUGGAUCUUCACCGCAUUCCAUCUCUGCGCAGUGGACCAACAUUUCUGCUUCACAGGACAACUCAUCCCUGGGCGAUGAUGUUAGAAUUCAUAUAGGACUCAAUAAAUGUAUGCUUCGCAAGCAUAAAAACAAUCGAAAACCGCGGACACCGUUCAGCACUCAGCAGCUCCUCUCCUUAGAGAGGAAAUUCCAGCAGAAGCAAUACUUAAGCAUAGCAGAACGAGCUGAGUUCAGCGCCUCCCUACAACUUACCGAAACUCAAGUCAAGAUUUGGUUCCAGAAUCGUCGCGCAAAAUCAAAACGUCUUCAAGAAGCAGAGGUAGAAAAGGUGAAGUUCGCUCAAGCGAGUGCACUAGCUGCUGCAGCAGUUGUUAAUGCACAGAAUGACCCAUCCAAAGCAUUUCUUGCCUUCGGAUAUUCUACACAGUGGUGA